ACACUUCAGUGUUGUGGAAGACAGUAAGACAUUAGCGUUAGCCGAACGAUGGACAGCGUGCAGACGCGUAGUUUUAUUGCCCUGCUUCUGUAGCUAAGGAGAUGAAUGUGCAGCUGAAAAUGACCUUUAUCACAGAAACACGAAGAGGAAUUUUAUUUGCGUUGGUUUUUAUUUUUGCGAUUAUUCAUAUUUCAUUAGAAACUCCGUCAGAUGAAGCUGUGACUCAUGGGUUUGAAAUUCCUGAUGAAUUAGAAGGCCAGAGUACAGAGGAUGCAGAGUCUCUGUCUCGGAGACAGUUCAAGACUGCAGAAAUCGCAGAUGCUGUUUUGGGGACAGAUCUGUCUGAAAACACAGCUGGGAUUGAAGCAUUCAUUCCUAAAAACCUCAUCUCUACACCAUGUGAGAAGGAAGUGACAGAGGAGGUGAAAGAGGAGGAUGUGGUAAUGAAGGAGGAGGCAGUGAUGGAGGUGGUUGAGAUGAAGCAGGAACGUCCAGCAGGAGGUGAUGAGCAGAACUCCACGGAAACUGCAAAGACGUACAAAGUGAGCUGUGAUAAAAGGAGCAUCAUUGGACUUGAUACCUUCAUAGUGCAGAUUCUCAACGCAUCACAGGACUUGAUGGACUUCCUGAAUUCUAACAGCUCUGAAUGCUCAUUGGUUCUCUUCUACACUUCCUGGUGUCAGUUCUCUGCCCACCUCGCUCCUCACUUUAAUGCUCUGCCAAGAGUUUUUCCCAUCAUGCAUUUCCUCGCUCUUGAUGCCUCACAACACAGCAGUUUGUCGACACGCUUCGGGACUGUUGCUGUUCCCAACAUUUUGCUGUUUCAGGGCGCUAAACCAAUGGCACGCUUUAACCACACAGAGAGAACACUCGAGACGCUAACAGCCUUCAUCGCUAAUCAAACAGGGUUUGAGGCAGUUGUAGGUCAGAUGGUGACAGAUGACGAUCGUGUUGGUCCUUUACUCAGCGUCCCAGUGAGGAGCAUCGACUGGCUUUUUGUGUUCAGUGUCAUGUUUCUGUCCAUAUUCAGUUUGUAUGCCAUCCUGCGGACCGACAGCAUCCGGCUGCUCAUCCCUGGCCACGAACAUGACCACCAGGACUGACAUUAUUGUUAUUAUUACAGUGUUGUUUGUACAAACCAUUUCUCAAUCUGUGAAUUUGGGUCAAAUGGAUGUUUUGGAAUAAACAAUCACAUAAAUAAAUCCAUAAUGAAA